UAUUUUCCCUUUGAGAUUUGAUUAGAAUUGUUUCCAUAUAAUUUAAAAAAAAGCAUAUAAUAUCUUAAUAUUUAUUCCCUAGCUAAUCAAUUUUCCCUUUUCAUGGUCUCCAUUUCGGAUGCUUCAAACGAACAACAGAUCCCAACGCCCCAAUGUACUAUAACGGAGUAUACCAUCUAUUCUAUCAGUACAACCCAUAUGGAUCAGUUUGGGGAAACAUUGUUUGGGCCCAUUCAGUCUCAACGGACAUGAUUAAUUGGAUCGCACUUGAGCCCGCAAUCUACCCAUCCAAAGUAUUCGACAAAUAUGGUACAUGGUCUGGGUCAGCCACAAUCUUGCCAAGCAACAAGCCCAUUAUCCUCUACACUGGGAUCAUAGAUGCAAACCAAACCCAAGUCCAAAACUAUGCAAUCCCAGCUGACUUGUCCGAUCCAUUUCUCAGUAAAUGGAUCAAGCCCGAUAACAAUCCGUUGAUUGUUGGUGACAAGAGCAUCAAUAAAACCCAAUUUCGUGACCCAACGACAGCUUGGUUGGGCCGAGAUGGUUAUUGGAGAACUUUGAUAGGGACAAGGUGGGUGAAUAAAGGAAUAGCAUUAUUGUACAAAAGCAAGGAUUUCAUGAAAUGGAUCAAGGUACAACAUCCAUUUCAUUCAGUUGAUGAUACUGGAAAUUGGGAAUGCCCUGAUUUUUUCCCAGUAUUAUUGCAUGGUACAAAUGGAUUGGAUCCAUCAUACAAGGGCAAAAACGUUAAAUAUGCUCUUAAAGUUAGUCUUGAUGUUACAAGGUUUGAGUACUACACAGUUGGUACAUAUGAUACUAAAAAAGAUAGGUACAUUCCAGAUAACACUUCUAUCGAUGGUUGGAAGGGAUUGAGACUCGACUAUGGAAACUUCUAUGCGUCCAAAUCAUUCUAUGACCCUAGCAAGAAACGAAGAAUUACGUGGGGUUGGGCUAAUGAAUCAGAUACUGUAGAUGACGAUGUCAAGAAAGGAUGGGCUGGAAUAAUGGCUAGCCCCCGCAAACUUUGGCUUGAUCCUAGCGGAAAGCAAUUAGUCCAAUGGCCUGUUGAAGAAUUAGAAACUCUAAGAGAGAAAAAGGUCCAUCUAAGCAAUUGCCAGUUGAACAAGGGAGAUAAGAUUGAGGUUAAAGGGAUCACACCUGCACAGGCUGAUGUUGAAGUGACUUUCUCCUUUAAAAGCUUGGACAAGGCAGAGCCAUUUGAUCCUAGUUGGACUGACCUUUACCCUCAAGAUGUAUGCGCCAUUAAAGGUUCAACGGUGCAAGGUGGACUUGGGCCAUUUGGACUCCUAACUUUGGCCUCUGAAAAAGUGGAAGAAUACACACCCGUAUUUUUCAGAGUCUUCAAGAGCCAAGAUAAAUAUAAGGUUCUCAUGUGCUCUGAUGCCUCAAGAUCAACCCUCGAGAACGCUACGACAAUGUAUAAACCCUCAUUUGCGGGAUAUGUAGAUGUUGAUUUAGCAAAGACGAAGAGGUUGUCUCUGAGGAGUUUGAUUGAUCACUCAGUAGUGGAAAGUUUUGGUGGCGGAGGAAAAACAUGUAUUACAUCGAGGGUUUAUCCGACAUUAGCAAUUUACGAUAAUGCACACUUAUUUGCCUUUAACAAUGGCACAGAGGCUAUCAAAAUUAAGACAUUGAAAGCAUGGAGCAUGGGUAAACCUAAGAUGAACGGGUUAUUUGGCCACUCCUCUUGUUGAGGAUAAUUUCCACAUUAAUGGUGGCGAAUUUGGUUGCUCUAUUUUUUUAUUUUUUUUCCCCUUAAUUCUCGCAUUAGUACGUUGUAACUAUGUGGUGUUGUUCUAUACUCUUAAAAGUGUAGAGCAAUAAUACAUGUAUGACAACAUAUAUAUUACUAUUAGAGAAAAAUAAAUGUGACAGAAAAAAAUUGCACUA